GGGGCACUCCCGGGGGCGGCGGUUGCCCGGAUGGGCCGUUAGUCGGAGCCUAGUCGCGGAGUGAGCGAGGGAGACGGGAGGAGCCGAACCCGGCGCCAUCCGCCGCCAUCCGCCCCCGCCCCACCGCCAUCCCGCCCCGGGGAGCCGCUAAACCCGGGUCCCAGACCCUCGCGCACCCGGCCAGGCUCCGGCACGUUUCGGGGGAGGUGCCUGCAGGACCCAACGUACUCAAUGAGCUUCCAGCGCAAUGUCCGAUCGCUCGGGGCCGACUGCCAAGGGGAAGGAUGGAAAGAAGUAUUCCUCGCUCAACCUGUUUGAUACGUAUAAGGGCAAGUCCUUAGAGAUCCAGAAACCUGCUGUUGCCCCUCGCCAUGGCCUACAGAGUCUCGGGAAAGUUGCCAUUGCCCGGCGUAUGCCACCCCCAGCCAACCUUCCAAGCCUGAAAGCUGAGAACAAAGGCAAUGACCCCAAUGUCUCACUAGUCCCGAAAGACGGAACAGGAUGGGCAAGCAAACAGGAGCAGUCCGACCCCAAGAGUUCCGAUGCCUCAACUGCUCAGCCGCCGGAGUUGCAGCCGCUGCCGGCUUCACAGACGCCUGCCCCCAGCCAAGUGAAGCGACCCCCAACAGCCCCCGAGAACACUCCUUCGGCUCCAAGCGGGGUAAAGUCCUGGGCGCAGGCCAGCGUCACCCAUGGAGCACACGGAGAUGGUGGAAGGGCAUCAAACCUACUGUCACGAUUCUCUCGAGAGGAAUUUCCGACCCUGCAGGCGGCUGGCGACCAGGACAAGGCUGCCAAGGAAAGGGAGUCUGCCGAGCAGUCGUCUGGGCCAGGACCAAGCCUCCGCCCCCAAAAUUCUACAACCUGGAGGGACGGAGGUGGGCGUGGCCCUGAUGAGCUGGAGGGCCCGGACUCCAAACUUCAUCAUGGUCACGAUCCCCGGGGGGCACUGCAGCCUUCAGGCCCACCCCAGUUCCCUCCUUAUCGCGGGAUGAUGCCGCCCUUCAUGUAUCCCCCAUAUCUCCCGUUCCCUCCGCCCUAUGGACCCCAGGGGCCUUACAGAUACCCCACUCCUGAUGGGCCCAGCCGUUUCCCCCGUGUGGCAGGUCCUCGGGGCUCAGGGCCACCAAUGCGCCUUGUAGAGCCUGUGGGUCGGCCUUCUAUUCUAAAAGAGGAUAAUCUCAAAGAGUUUGACCAGUUGGACCAGGAGAAUGAUGACGGCUGGGCAGGGGCCCAUGAGGAGGUCGACUACACUGAAAAACUCAAGUUCAGCGAUGAGGAAGAUGGGCGAGACUCUGAGGAGGAGGGAGCUGAGGGCCGCAAGGACUCCCAACCCGCUGCUGGUGAGGAACGGCCCCCUGAAGCAGAUGGCAAAAAGGGCACCUCCCCUGGCAGCGAGCCGCCCCCUCCCAAGACGGCCUGGGCAGAGACCUCUCGGCCUCCAGAGACAGAGCUGGGGCCUCCUGCCCCAAAGCCUCCCCCACCCCCACCUCACCGGGGCCCCGCCGGGAACUGGGGCCCGCCUGGGGACUACCCAGACCGCGGGGCUCCGCCCUGCAAGCCGCCUGCACCCGAGGAUGAGGAUGAGGCCUGGCGCCAGCGUCGAAAGCAGUCUUCUUCUGAGAUCUCCCUGGCUGUGGAGCGGGCCCGGCGGCGCCGUGAGGAGGAGGAGCGGCGCAUGCAGGAGGAGCGCCGGGCUGCCUGUGCUGAGAAACUCAAGCGUCUGGAUGAGAAGUUUGGGGCUCCUGACAAGCGGCUCAAGGCAGAGCCUGCCGUCCUGCCUGCUGCUGCUGCUGCUGCUGCUAGCACUGUCCCCCUCACACCACCUGCAGUUCCCAAGGAGCUCCCCACACCGCCAGCACCUGCCCCCACCCCGGUGCCUGAGAAAGAACCUGAGGAGCCGGCACAGGCGCCCCCCACCCAGCCCACUCCCAGCCCAGGCAUGGCCCCGGCUCCCGUUCCCAAGAGCAGUGGUGGCACUACCAGCGGCGCCAGCAGUGGCAGCUGCGAAGCCAGCCCAGUGGAACCCCAGCUGCCUUCAAAAGAAGGGCCUGAGCUGCCAGAAGAGGUUCCUUCACCUUGUACUCCCCCGACUCCAAAAGUGGAGCCCAAGAGUGAUGGGGUAGGACCUACCCGGCAGCCCCCCAGCCAGGGGUUGGGCUACCCCAAAUAUCAGAAGUCGUUGCCACCUCGUUUCCAGCGGCAGCAGCAGGAGCAGCUCCUGAAGCAGCAGCAGCAGCAGUGGCAGCAGCAGCAGCAGCAGCAGGGCUCCGCGCCUCCUGCCCCAGUGCCCCCGUCACCACCUCAGCCAGUGACUCUGGGGGCUGUGCCAGCUCCACAGGCAGCGCCACCCCCUCCCAAGGCCCUGUACCCUGGUGCUCUGGGCCGACCCCCACCCAUGACUCCCAUGAACUUUGAUCCCCGCUGGAUGAUGAUCCCGCCUUACGUGGACCCCCGGCUGCUCCAAGGCCGGCCUCCCCUGGACUUCUACCCUCCUGGUGUGCACCCCUCUGGCCUAGUUCCUAGGGAGCGCUCAGACAGUGGGGGCUCCAGCUCAGAGCCGUUUGAGCGCCACGCACCCCCUCUCUUACGGGAACGAGGAACCCCACCAGUAGAUCCGAAGUUGGCCUGGGUGGGGGACAUGUUUGCCACCCCACCUGCGGACCCGCGCCCGCUCACCUCACCACUGCGCCAGACAGCAGAUGAAGAGGACAAGGGGCUUCGGAGUGAGACCCCUCCAGUGCCUCCCCCCGCACCCUACCUGGCCAGUUAUCCCGGCUUUCCAGAGAACGGUACCCCGGGGCCUCCCCUGUCUCGAUUUCCCCUGGAGGAGCCAGCUCCCCCAGGGGCCCGUCCACUCCCCUGGCCGCCAAGCAGUGAAGAGGCUGCCAAGAUACCGGCUCCGCCAUCCAAGAAGGAGCUCACCAAGGAAGAGACCACACCACCACCAUUGCCCGAAGCGGGCCGCAAGCCCACUCGUGGUAUUGGGUGCCAGGGCCCCCCACCACCACGCAGAGAGAAUCGCACGGAGACACGCUGGGGUCCCCGCCCGGGGAGCAGUCGCCGUGGAAUACCCCCAGAGGAGCCAGGCGCCCCUCCCCGCCGGGCUGGGCCUAUCAAGAAGCCACUACCCCCUGUAAAAGUCGAAGAGGUGCCUUCUAAACCUCUGGAACAGGGGGACGAGACACCCAAGGCCCCAAAGCCAGAUGCACUCAAGAUGGCCAAAGGCAGAAUGGGGCCCAAGGAGCCCCUGCCCAGUGGGAACCUGUCUCCCACACCCCGGCUUCGCAGGGAUUAUUCUUACGAAAGAAUGGGUCCCACCUCUUGCCGUGGCCGGGGCCGAGGAGAGUAUUUUGCCAGAGGGAGAGGUUUUCGGGGGACUUACGGGGGGCGGGGACGGGGAGCCCGAAGCCGUGAAUUCCGCAGUUACCGGGAGUUCCGAGGGGAUGAUGGACGUGGAGGGGGCGCAGGGGGACCGAGCCACCCUUCUGCACCCCGAGGUCGCACUGCCAGUGAGACCCGAAGUGAGGGCUCAGAGUAUGAGGAGAUCCCCAAGCGGCGCCGGCAGCGAGGCUCAGAGACAGGCAGUGAAACACAUGAGAGUGACCUGGCCCCCUCAGACAAGGAGGCGCCCCCACCCAAGGAGGGUACCCUUGGCCCAGGCCCCCUUGGCCCACCCCUCCUGGGCACACUGCCUUCACCAGCUCCAGCCCGCUUUCCUGCUGCCCGGGGUGGCCGUGUCUUCACACCAAGAGGGGUGCCAUCGCGCCGGGGCCGGGGCGGCGGGCGCCCACCUCCCACCUGCCCGGGCUGGAGCCCUCCAGGCAAGUCCCUGGUUCCAAAGAAGCCUCCAGUGGGCCCUCUGCCCCCCAGUAAGGAGCCUUUGAAGGAGAAGCUGGUCUCAGGGCCUCUGUCUCCCAUGGCCCGUGGAAGUGGCAGCUUGGGUGCUGUGGAAGAUGGGGAGCGGCCCCGCCGGCGGCGGCACGGCCGAGCUCAGCAGCAAGACAAGCCGCCUCGGUUCCGGAGGCUGAAGCAGGAGCGGGAGAACGCUGCUCGGGGUGUCGAGGGCAAGCCCUGCCCCCUGGCCCUGCCAGCCUCUGCUCCUGGACCUGAGGAGCCUUUGGUGACCGUCGCGGGGCCCCAACCACCUCGCCGGGCAGCUGCCAAGUCUCCUGAUCUGUCUAACCAGAACUCUGAUCAAGCCAAUGAGGAGUGGGAGACUGCAUCAGAGAGCAGUGACUUCACCAGUGAGCGCAGGGGAGACAAGGAGGCCCCCCCGCCGGCGCUUCUGCCUCCAAAGGCUGUAGGGGGCCCUGGCGGUGGUGCAGGUGCCCCAGGGCCAGGCCUCUCACCCAUGUCUCGUGGAGACCUGAGUCAGCGAGCCAAGGACCUGAGCAAGCGAAGCUUUUCCAGUCAGAGGCCUGGCACAGACCGCCAGAACAGGCGCCCAGGCCCCGGCAGCAAGGCUGGCGGCAGUGGCGGAGGUCCUGGUACAAGGACUGGACCAGGAAGAGGGGACAAGAGGAGUUGGCCCUCACCCAAGAACCGGAGCCGCCCCACAGAGGAGCGACCCCCGGGGCUACCCCUGCCUCCCCCGCCGCCCAGCAGCUCUGCUGUCUUCCGUCUGGACCAAGUUAUCCAUAGCAACCCUGCUGGCAUCCAACAGGCCCUGGCCCAGCUGAGCAGCCGCCAGGGGAGUGUGGCAGCACCAGGGGGUCACCCGAGGCCCAAAUCUGGGCUGCCUCAGGCCCCUCAGAGCUCGGCUCCCCGGCCUCCCACCCAGUUCGACCCUCCAGGGCCCCCAGGGGGCAGCAGCUCAGAGCCCCGCUUUGAAGAGCCCGUACCUGGCCAAGUGGUGAGGGAGGCAGGCGGGGCUGCCCCGGACUCAGCCCCGGUUCGUCCUUUUCCCCACAAGUGGCGGGAGCGGGAGCGGCCUCCUCGGAAACCGGAGCUGCUACAAGAGGAGCCUCUGCCUGCUUCUCACAGCUCUGCCUUCUUGGGCUCCAAGCCCGAGGCCCCAAGCCCUCAGGGAGACUCCAGAGAUGCAAGCACCGAGGCCCUGACACCCCACCUCUGGGACCGGUUACACACUGCCGCCAGCCGGAAAGGUUACCGGCCCGGCUCCGUGGAGCCCUGGAUGGAACCUCUGAGUCCCUUUGAGGAUGUGGCUGGCACAGAGAUGAGUCAGUCUGACAGUGGGGUGGACCUGAGUGGGGAUUCUCAGGUGUCAUCAGGUCCCUGCAGUCAGCGAAGUUCCCCCGAUGGAGGACUCAAGGGGCCCUCGGAAGGCCCCCCUAAGCGGCCCGGAGGUCCCCCACCCCUGAGUGCUGUUCCUGGUGAGGGUCCACCUGGUUCGGAACCCUCGGAACUUCCUAGGAGACGGCCACCCACACCACAAAAUGGGGAUAGAAAGGAGCUGCCCCGGGAGCAGCCUCUGCCCCCUGGCCCCAUAGGCACGGAACGGUCACAGCGGUCAGACAGGGGGCCAGAGCCAGGCCCUCUACGGCCCUCCCACCGGCCCGGUCCUCCAGUCCAGCUGAGCACAAGUGACAAGGACUCAGACCUGUGCCUGGCAGUGGGAGACAGCUUAAAAGCAGAGAAAGAGCUCGUGGCAUCCGCUCCUGAGGCCAUGCCGCUGCCUCGGGACUGGGAGCUGCUCCCUGGGGGACCCACCACAGCUGAGCCGCCGGCCAAGAGCGUGAGUGCUGGGCACUGUGGCCCUGAGCCCAGCUCCUCGGGCCCGCGCCUGCACCCAGAGGUCCUCUACAGCAGCCCUGGGCCUCCCAGCUCCCAGCAGGUCUCAGCGGGAGCCGUCGACUCGCAGUUACACGCCAGCAAUGGGAGCUUCCGCCCUGGUACACCCUCGCUGCACCCCUACAGGCCCCAGCCCCUCUACCUGCCCCCGGGCCCUGCCCCUCCUGCGGCACUGCUCUCCGGGAUUGCCCUCAAGGGCCAGUUUCUGGAUCUCUCCGCCCUGCAAGCAACAGAGCUGGGGAAGUUGCCCGCUGGAGUUCUCUACCCUCCGCCUUCCUUCCUCUACUCCGCGGCUUUCUGCCCCAGCCCUUUGCCGGACCCACCUUUGCUUCAGGUGCGCCAGGACCUGCCAACCCCUUCAGAUUUCUACUCUACAGCUUUGCAGCCUGGUGGACAGAGUGGCUUCUUGCCUUCUGGGGCUCCCACCCAGCAGAUGCUGCUGCCUGUGGUGGACUCCCAGCUACCUGUGGUGAACUUCGGCGCGCUGCCCCCCGCGCCGCCCCCCGCGCUGCCCCCGCUCUCUCUGCUGCCCGUGGGCCCUGCUCUGCAGCCUCCUGGUCUGGCCGUGCGGCCCCCACCGGCUCCUGCAGCUCGGGUGCUGCCUUCACCUGCCAGGCCCUUCCCCCCAAGCUUGGGGCGCACAGAGCUGCACCCGGUGGAACUGAAGCCGUUCCAGGAUUACAGAAAGCUGAGCAGCAACCUUGGGGGAUCUGGGUCGUCGCGAACUCCCCCAGCUGGCAGGUCCUUCUCCAGUCUCAGUUCCCGUCUCAAGGCUCCGCCUUCCAGCUACAGUGGUGUGUUCCGCACCCAGCGCAUCGACCUUUACCAGCAGGCCUCCCCACCAGAUGCCCUGCGCUGGAUGCCGAAGCCUUGGGAGCGGACAGGCCCGCCUGCUCGGGAGGGCCCUUCCCGGAGGGCAGAGGAGCCUGGGUCCCUAGGGAACAAGGAACCUGGAUUGCCCCCACCCCGCUGAGGGCGGCCCCUGCCCCCACCCCCACCCCCGGGGCUUGUAUAUAGACUAUAAAUAUAUAAGGGGGAGAGGGGUGGGUGGG